AAAGUACUAACCAUCAUAAUCGACCGUCCGAUAAGCGACGACCUCCAUCCUUAGGACCACUACUGUAUACGAAUCGCCAUGCCGGGUCGUCUUCAACACAGAUCGGCUCUCAUCACCGGUGCUGGAUCGGGCAUCGGGCUGGAGUCCUCCAUUCUAUUUGCUUCUGAAGGCGCCAACGUCCUCUUGGUGGAUAUCAAUAUCGAAGCAGCCCAGAAGGGGGCGGCUAUUAUCACCCAGCGCUACCCCAAUGUGAAGGCAAUAGCGGCCAAGGCCGACGUCGGGAAGGAAGAGGAUGUCAAAUCGGUGGUGGAUAAGGCUGUGAAGGAAUUCGGCAGGCUAGAUGUCAUGUUCAACAAUGCAGGUAUUAUGCAUCCUGCGGAUGAUAAUGCUCUGAAUACCGAAGAGCGUAUUUGGGACCUCACCAUGCAGAUCAACCUAAAGGGUGUAUGGUGGGGUUGCAAGUACGCCAUUCUGGCGAUGCGCGAAAACCCUGUGGACGAAGCCAAAGGUCUGCACAAAGGCGGAAGCAUCAUCAACACCGCUAGCUUUGUGGCAAGCAUGGGUGCUGCGACGCCGCAGUUGGCAUAUACUGCGUCGAAGGGUGCCGUCCUCGCGAUGUCCAGAGAACUCGCUAUGGUCCACGCUCGUGAGGGCAUCCGUGUCAAUUCCAUAUCGCCGGGGCCGCUGAAAACUCCCCUACUCAUGGACUUCCUCAACACCCAAGAGAAACGUGAUCGUCGGUUGGUACAUUUGCCAAUGGGCAGGUUCGGAGAGGCUGUCGAAGUAGCAAAGGGUGCCCUGUUCCUUGCGACGGACGAGUCCAGUUACAUGACGGGUUUCGACUUCAAGGUAGAUGGAGGCCUCUCCUCAUGCUACGUCACGCCUGUGGGGGAGCCCGCGUUGUCUCCUCCAGCGAGUCUUAUCUCAUAAGUAACGAUCACCGGCGAUUAAUCUCAUUGGGCUCCUGAAGAGAGGCUGCAGUCAACAUGUUAUGUACAGUUAGCAAAUAUAUCCUUCGUGCGAGAAGGAAUAGAAGUAAAUACAGGCCAUUGGCAAUACAAUGCCCGCUGUCAGACGCCUUAUGCAGACGGAAAGUCUCGCUUCUCCCCACGGAGACACAAUACGAUCCAGCGUUUUGUGC